CAAGCCCAGGAGCAAACUGCCUCGGCCUAUAAGGUUCCUUAGCUUGCCAAAGGCUGCCACCGGCUCAGACAAGAUGGCAGCCAGUGAGCCAAAGGGUCAAAUUAAGAACCAGGCCAGAUUGCAGCCCCUGUCCAACCCAGAGCAGGCCCUGACUAAGACCUUCAAGCUGCUCCACUCUGCCUCUGAUGACUGGGAGAAGAAGAUCGAGGGCUUGACCUCUCUCCGUGUGAUGGCUCAGAACCACAUGGACAUACUGAUGCCUAAACUCCAUGAUAUCUGCCUUGCCAUUAUAAAUGAGGUGAAGAAGCUGCGCUCUGCAGUGUCCUGUGCUGCCAUGGCCACACUGGGUGACAUGUACGUCCACCUCCAGAGGGCCAUGGAUUGUGAGGUGGAGGGGACGGCACGCGUGCUGCUGCACAAAGCCAGCGAGGCCAACGCCUUCAUCCGGCAGGGCGCCAACUUUGCCCUGGGUCACAUGGUGCAGAGCUGCACCCCUACCCGUGUCAUGAAUGCCCUGCUGGUCGGUGGGCUGAGGUAAAGAGGGAGAGGGGUCAAUUAACACUCACUAAGGGGUAGAUCCGGACUUCCACAAAUUGUCCCAUUAUCCAAACCUAUAUAA